CAUCAUGUUCAGACAACUCCCUCCUGUCUUUGUUGCUUCCAGCCUGGCGGACCGUAGCUUCCUCAAAUAUUGAAGCAAGAUACUGACGCCUGUACAUAAACCUCAUUGGGAUAUUGGGAGUAGUCAAGAGGAUUUUCCCACUCUAAAUGUGUAGCCGAGGCUGCCUUCAACGAUGGAGUCUUCUGAGUUUUCUUCGCUGUCAUCCUUAAGAGGAGACUAUGCAUCCGGGGAUUACAUGCAACCCCACUAUAAGGAGUCAUAUCGACUGGCCAUUGAUUGCCUCCUGAGCGGUGGCAGGGACAGUUACAAUGACUUCCUCAAGGGAGAACGUAUUGGGAGCUUCCUGUCAGAGGAAGAGCUUGGCUUCAUCACUACCAAUGCAAAGCAGCUCCCACCUCAGAACCAUGUAGAGGAAGUCAAUGAACCGACGGACAGCAGCAAAUCAUCCUCCGGGACGUACUGGCCCGUCCACUCAGAUGUGGAUGCUCCCAAUUUAGACUUGGGGUGGCCAGAGGUUAUGCACGAAAACCUACAGACCAACAUAGAUCUCCUCUAUCAUCCCCCGAGACAGAACAGCCCCUCGAUUAAAGAAGUGAUUCUUAAGCAUAUCCGGGAUGCAAGACAGGUCAUCGGAAUUGUGAUGGAUAUGUUCACUGAUGUCGAUAUUUUCAAAGAAAUUGUUGAUGCAUCCAUACGGGGAUUACCUGUCUACGUGCUUCUGAACGAUUUCCACCUGAAACAUUUCCUCACAACGGCUGAAAAUCAAGAUGUUAAAAUUCAACAACUGAGGAACAUGAGGGUACGCACUGUGAAAGGCGAAGAAUAUCUGUGUCGAUCAGGGACUAAAUUUCAUGGGGCAAUGGAGCAGAAGUUUAUCUUGGUGGACUGUCAUACAGUGAUUUACGGCUCCUACAGCUUCACCUGGUCAUGUGGAAGGAUCAAUCUGAGCAUGGUGCAAGUUAUCACAGGCCAUCUGGUGAAGUCUUACGAUGAGGAGUUUAGAACUCUAUACGCCAGGUCCACCGUGCCAGCUGAGCUGUGCCAAACAGAGGGUUCUCUCCCCUCUAAUGGUCCACAUGAUCUGCUCGUUUGGUCAAAAUAUUCUUCCCAUUGCGGCCAACUCCUGGAUCGUCGGGACCAGUUGAGGCACACGCUGGACUCGGUCUACCGGAAGACCUGCGAAAGGAAUCUGUACAAAGAUAAUCAACUUGGUCCUUUGACAGAGCAUGACAUCGGUUUGCAGAGGCACAUGUCACAGUUUCAGUCUGCAGGGACAAUGGACUACUUGAAAAGGCACAGCUAUGCUGGGGAGAGACAAGAUGGAUAUGUCCCACAGAAUAUCCGAGACAGAGCAAGCAACUGGAAUAUUACUCAUGAAACAGCAAUUGGGACAAACCACUAUCCAAUGGAUAAUAAUUAUUUACAAGUGCCACAGAUGUACAGGAGUCAAAAGCUUCGUAAGUCAUACAAUGGCAAUGACAAACACGUUGUGUCCAUGCAGCAGAACAUGCCAACGCUGGAAAAAACAUCCAAGUCAUUCAUGCGCACAUGGAGGAUCGAGUCAUACUUGAAAAACCCAGAUGUCCCGUAUGGAGAGUCUGAUUAUUUGGAUCAGUUUGAUCGACGAAUGAGGUCUUCCCUUGCUUUUAGGUCCACCAUACCGGAGCAAAUGGAGCCCAACACACACAUAAAAAACACACCCUCAACAUCGAUACACAACCCUUCGCACUACUCCUCACUGCAGUGGAAUCCAAUUGACAGCAACAGAUUGAACAAUGAAGAAUUCAUCAUGAAGAGAAAAAGCCUGCAGAUUUUGGAGGACAACAGCGAAGGGAAAAGCUCUUACCCAUCUUCAUAUGCCAGCUUAGGUAGGGUGAAACGUGGGCAGAUCAUCACAAACCCUGACCUUCUGACAAACAGCUGGAACAAAAGGCACAGUGUGGCAGAUCCGAGAUCAAACUCGGCAUACACGCAGGACUCCUCGAGCGCUUUGUAUGGUGGUUUUGCUAGAAUGCAAAUAGAUAGAGGCACCACUGGAAUUAAAUACGGAGGAUACGGGUCAAAUCUCAAUGAGGAUCAGAGAUCCAUGUCUCAUUAUGAUGUCAAGAGCCCCAGCACUUCCAGUUGGCGGGAGCGGCCUUCUAGGACUGUGUCUGCUGCAACCCUGGAUAGGGACGGUGCGGAUUUGACAGUUAAAUCCAGCAGAAUGGGCUCUCAGCAAUUUUUAAGAAAGAGCACCCAGAAGAUAAAGUCCUUUUUGAACAUACCAGAUAAAAAAGAAGACCAAGCGAGAACAAUAGAAACUCCGAGCGUGACAUCAGAGGGCAGCACGGACACUAUAAAAGCUGAUGAUGACGGCACAAUCUCUGAAAGUGAGGUUAAACUUCACCAAAGCAACUCAUCCAUCGGGCAUUACAGGAACCACACGGCAGAUGUGACAUAUUCCAAACCACGAUUUACAACUGAGGAGCACCGGAAAGAACCACAGAUGCCUGCCUCGGUAACACAAAAUGUGGCUGACAUCUCUGACAAAAACAAUGAGGUACCGGGUUGGAGGAAAGACAGGAAAACCGACAAUCGGCUGUACAGCAGAUUUGAGCCUUUCUGUUCAGUUCAAAAGAAGCAACCUUCACGCUCUCCAUUCAACUCUUUGGAGAAAACCAAAACGAAAGGUGAGGUAGCGAAUGACAUCAGCCUCGCCCGACUGGGGAGAAGGCACCAUGAAAACAAGCUUGAGAAGUUCUUUCAUAGAGUGGGAAACCUCAUCCACAAGAACAAGUAGUGGACUUUCAAUUGGUGUCUUUCCAAGGUGUAGGUGCCACAAGGCAUGUUUAUUUGUCUGUUUUAUUCUCACGGAUCAUUCACCAUAGAGGUUUACAGUGGAACCUCCAAAGUCAAACAACCCUGUUGCUGUCUGGCUUUCAAUUUCUCAAAGAAAUCCCAUAAUAUAUAAUUAAAAGUGAAUGAAUUCAAUCCAGGCCUGUAUAAAACCUGUACCUGUCUUAAGAAUACGGGUGAUGUUUGGAGUAAAAUGUUAACAUUCUUUUGCACACUUACAAGGGUAAACAACAGCUAAACACUGUAAAUAUAAUAAAACUACAAUAAAGUCAAACUUCUCCCCCUUUAAACUCUCUGACAGACACGUAACGGAGUGUUUUGUGGUUGUUUUGUCAACAUUUUCUUCAAAAUUCAUUUGUAAUUGGUUUGUAU